AUGGCGCUCGCGCUAGCACUAUCCCUGAUUGGCCUUGCCUGCCCUGAUGACCCUGAAGACAUUGGUCUUAGAGCUUCCCCUGCCUGCAAAGAUGGUGCUGAUGAAGAUGUCGUCGGCACUGGUCGUACCUGCCCUGAUAAUGCCGACGGCAACGCCGCUGGCAUUGCCCCUACCUGCGCCGACGAUGCUGACGACUGCAAAAGUUCCUCGUAUCGCUGA